AUGACUAUCGACGAGGCAGUCAGGCGCUCUCACAUCCUUCAUCGAGCCUUAGACAGGACACCAUUGAAUGUUGCUUCUGGAUCAGGCAUAUCAUUCACCCUCAACUCAGGGAAAGAGAUUAUUGAUGCAGCAUCUGGUCCCUCAGUAGCAUGUUUAGGCCACAAUCAGCCGGAGGUAACCAAGGCCAUCCUGGACCACCUGAACAACAACAUUGCCUAUGCAUACUCUGGCUCAUUCUUCACAAAUGAUGCUUCCGAGGAGCUUGCUUCACUCCUUCUAACUCAUCAACCAGGAGGUCUAUCCAAAGCGAUUUUUGUAAACUCCGGCAGUGAGGCUACGGAUGCCGCUUUGAAGCUCGCAGUGCAGUAUUGGCACGAGAAAGGAGAAAAAAAGAGGACUCAUUUCAUAGCCCGAAGACAAAGCUAUCAUGGAAACACAAUUGGCGCAUUAUGUGUUUCUGGCCAUGACUCGCGGCGUGAAUUCUAUAAAGAUUUCAUGUCCUCGAAUGUGUCUUUCGUAGAUCCUUGCUAUGCAUAUCGGCUGAAGGAACGCAACGAAAGAGAUGAACAGUAUGCACAGCGUUUGGCUCAACAGGUUGAAGACGAGAUCCUUCGAGUUGGACCUGAACAUGUUGCCGGGUUCAUUGCGGAGACUGUCAGUGGCACGACCCUUGGUUGCGUACCUGCAGUUCCUGGUUACUUCAGCAAAAUCCGUGAUAUCUGUGACAAAUAUGGCGUGUUACUAAUCUUGGAUGAGAUAAUGUGCGGCAUGGGAAAAACCGGAACCAUGCAUGCUUGGGAGCAAGAAGCUGGCUUCCGAGGGCCGGAUAUACAGACAAUCGGCAAGGCCCUUGGUGGUGGAUUUGUCCCUCUAUCGGGUGUGCUUUUACACAAAAAGAUAUUCGAAGCUCUGAGUAACGGCUCAAAAGUCUUAGUACACGGACAUACCUUCCAGGCUCAUCCUUUGGCGUGCGCUGCAGCUGUCGCAGUCCAAAAGAUAAUAAAGAGGGACAAUUUGCUUGAAAACGUCAAGCAACAAGGUGUAUUGAUGGAGCAACUUCUGAAAGACAAAAUUGCUCCCUUACCGUUUGUCGGCGACGUCCGCGGACGAGGCUUGUUCUGGGCUGUGGAAUUUGUUCGUGAUAGAGGAAAACGCGUCCCAUUUUCACCGGAAGACAAAUUCUGUGAGACUGUUGUCGAUAAGGCUCUGGAGCUAGGACUUGCUAUCCUAGGAAACCUUGGUCGUACAGGAGAACACUAUGUGGAUCUGGCCAUCCUUUCUCCUCCUUAUAUUGUCCGAAGCGAUGAGAUCCAUCGUAUUGUGGAUCUUCUUGCUCAAGCUAUAGAAUCUACAAGCGCAAAUUUUUUGUGA